AAGGCGCGCGUGCGCAUGCGCGCGACGCCCGCUGCCUGUCGCCGGGCCGUCUUGUGUGAGGUAAAAGGGAGGCGGAAAGGGGGGGGGGAAAGAAAAGAAACGAAACGGCGGGGGAAAGAGGCGACGGCGAGAGGCGGCGCGCGCCACGGAGGCACGGAAGGAGCGACUGAUCGACCGCUGCCGUUGGGAGAAGCGGAGGGGCAGCCGACCGGGCCCAGUCCCGGCCCCGCCGCCGCUGCCGCCAUGAAUAGCGUUGGGGGCGCCGACGAGAUCGGAAAGUUGUUUGUGGGUGGCCUUGAUUGGAGCACUACACAAGAAACACUCCGUAGCUACUUUUCCCAGUAUGGGGAAGUUGUUGACUGUGUAAUAAUGAAAGACAAGACAACCAAUCAGUCCCGGGGAUUUGGAUUUGUCAAGUUCAAAGAUCCCAACUGUGUGGGGACCGUCCUGGCCAGCAGGCCCCAUACAUUAGAUGGACGAAAUAUUGAUCCAAAGCCCUGUACCCCUCGAGGGAUGCAACCAGAGAGAACACGACCAAAGGAGGGAUGGAAAGGCUCCAGGACUGACAAUAAAUCGAAUAAAAUUUUUGUUGGUGGAAUCCCUCACAACUGUGGCGAGACAGAGCUCAGGGAAUACUUCAAAAAGUUUGGAGUGGUCACUGAAGUGGUAAUGAUAUAUGAUGCAGAGAAGCAGCGGCCCCGAGGUUUUGGAUUUAUUACUUUCGAGGACGAACAAUCAGUGGACCAGGCUGUCAACAUGCAUUUUCACGACAUCAUGGGCAAAAAAGUGGAGGUGAAGCGGGCCGAGCCUCGGGAUAGCAAAAGCCAGACUCCAGGGCCGACAGGCACCAGUCAGUGGGGAAGCCGGAUCAUGCCAAGCGCUGCAAACGGCUGGGCAGGGCAGCCCCCACCUACCUGGCAGCAAGGCUAUGGGCCUCAAGGUAUGUGGGUACCAGCAGGACAAGCACUCGGUGGGUAUGGCCCCCCACCUCCAGGUCGAGGAGCGCCGCCGCCACCACCACCGUUUACCUCAUACAUCGUCUCUACACCUCCCGGAGGAUUCGCACCUCCACAGGGCUUCCCACAGGGAUACGGCACCCCUCCACCCUUCAGCUUUGGAUAUGGUGCUCCACCUCCUCCACCUGACCAGUUUGCCCCUCCUGGCGUUCCUCCACCACCCGCCACCCCUGGGGCGACACCACUAGCUUUCCCACCGCCACCGCCACCAUCUCAGCCAACUCAGGACAUGAGCAAGCCACCAACCGCCCAACCAGAAUUCCCCUAUAGUCAGUUUGGGUACGGACCAGACUUGAGUGGUUUUGGACAAGGCUUCUCCGAUCCCAGCCAGCAGCCCCCCUCCUAUGGAGGCCCUUCCGUACCACCUUCAAGUGGGCCGCCCGCAGGGGGCAGUGCUUUUGGCCGCGGACAGAACCAUAACGUUCAAGGUUUUCACCCCUACCGCCGCUAGCACCAUCCGCCUAGAAAUCAGGGAGUUCUGUCCAGAGCAGGAUAUCUGGUACCAGCUGAACCCAGGAAUCCUAGACUUCUGAACUUGUGACAAUCACCUAUUUGCCGGAGGGAAGAAAAAAACAAACCACAAAUGUAACAUCUGGGGGGGGGGGUGUUGGGGGAAGGAGGAAGCUUUUGAGAACGAAGCUGUGGGUGAUGUUGGGACUGCAGUUUUUAAUUUCCCCCCCUUUCUCUAACCCAUCAGCACAAAUAAAGAGUGUGUCACUGGUUCAAACUACAGGGUUUUUAAAAAGUCUUCAGCUUUAAUUAAAAACUUCAGGUUUCUUUCUCUAUUUUUUGAUUGGAAAAUUUUUUUUCCUGAGCCUUUGUUUUACCAUAUAUUGUAAACUUUAUGUUUAAAGAAGAAGAAGAAGAAAAUAUAUACAUUUACAGAUUGUGAGAUUUUUAAGAGAAAUUUUUCUACUAUGUAUGCUGGCUUAUUUUUAAUUUUAAAAAAGAAAAAAAACCACAGGGUUUUCUGUUAGCACUGCUUAGAUGCAAGUGGGGGUCAGCUUCCAGCCUCCUUCGUUGGUGUGGUUGGGCCAGAAACUCUGGAAGUUUAAAAAAAAAAAAAAGAGGAAUCUACUGUGUGUGUUGUGUUUCUUUUUUUUCCUUUUUUUUGUUAUCAGUUUCUGAGCUGGUAACAGCACAGGGGCAGAAUUGUUCGAAAGGCACAGUGUCACCUCUGAAGCACAGCAUUUCAAUCUGGGCUUCAGGUUCUUUAAAAAAAAUCCUUUUGGGAUGUGGAUUUCAUUAAAGGGUUAAUGGAGGCCUUGUGAAGAUGUCGAUUUCCCUCAGGCAAAAACUUUAAAAAAAUAAAAUGGGUGCAUUUUGCACUAACCAGUAAUUUACCCCUGGUUUGAAUAAAGAGAAGUACAUUUGGAUUAGAAACACAAAA